AUGCAUAUGGACGGGGCGUCCAAUUCCCAAGGAGCCGGUAUUGGCAUCAUAUUAGAAGCCCCCUCAGGACUCAAAAUUGAGGAAGCCAUUCAUUUAGAACAAUUCGCAACAAAUAAUGAAGCAGAGUAUGAGGCUCUGAUCUAUGGCAUAGAGCUAGCACGAGACAUAGGCAUUAAACAUCUGAGCAUCAGAGGAGAUUCACAUCUCAUGAUAGAACAGGUGGCCGGGAAUUUCGAUACCAAGGCACCCCAUCUGGCUAGCCUACUACAAAAAGUAACUGACUUACGGUCACAUUUCCACCAGUUUGAACUCGUACAAGUACUGAGGGAACAAAAUCAGAAGGCUGAUGCCCUCGCCAAAUUAGCCUCUGGAGGGGAAUGUAUGCGGCAAUCCUCCAUAUCCACAAGCCAAUCACCCAAAGCACUAGAAGUUUUCUCAACCUCAUUAGAGCCUGAGUGUUGGAUUGAUCCAAUGAUUCGAUACUUAUCCACAUCUGAACUGCCCACUCGUCCGAAAGACACAAAGCUUUUGCGCCUUCGAGCACAACGCUAUUCCAUAAUCCGUGGAACGCUAUACUGUAAAUCCUUCGAUGGCCCCUAUCUUCGGUAUUUGCGUUCAUCAGAAGCUAAAAUAUUGUUAGAAGAGAUACACAAGGGAGCGUGUGGGAAUCACACUGGGGGUCGAAGUUUGGCACACAAAGCACUUACAGCAGGGUACUACUGGCCGUACAUGAUGACAGAAGCACGUGACUAUGCCAAAAAAUGCGACAAAUGCCAACGAUUUGCACCCACCAUCCAUCAACUCGCUCAAACUUUACACUCAAUCAUCGCACCUUGGCCUUUUGCAAAGUGGGGUAUGGAUGUGGUAGGUGAGCUACCUAAAGCUGCUGGAGGAAAACGGUAUGCUCUGGUAGCCACCGAUUACUUCACUAAGUGGGUUGUGGCAGAAGCAUACGUCACGGUUACAAACAUAGACACCACAACCUUCAUAUGGAAGCACAUCAUCUAUCAAUUUGGGAUACCAUGGGAGAUAGUCGUUGACAACGGAACCCCAUUCCAAAAUGCCAAAGUGCAAGAGUUGUGUGACACAUACAAGAUCAAAUUGAGUUUUACCUCUGUCACUUACCCACAAGGCAAUGGCCAAGCAGAAGCUUCCAAAAAAUUCAUUUUCGCCAACAUUAAGAAAACUUGGAAGAUAAAAAAGGAGCCUGGGCAGAAGAACUACCAAAGGUGUUAUGGGCCUAUAGGACAACAAAAAGGUCAUCUACGGGUGAAUCUCCCUACGCCAUGGUAUAUGGAACAAAAGCUAUCAUCUUGA